AUGAUUGAAGAAAUCCUAGCGGAUGAUCCUUUGGAAGUGGUCCUAAUACGAGCCGAGUCUGAGCAGAACACAUGCAACGUUGAUGCUGAUGGGUACGAAAAGAUGCUAGAUUCGUGUACAAGCAUUGAGAAGAUGGUCGCUUUCCUAAGUCUGGGGGAGACGAGCAAUCAGAUUCCACCAGAAGGAGCGACUGCUCCUAAACAAGGGAACAAAAUGGCCAGCCUGCUAGAUGAUUCCUGGAGCGAACUCAAGGCUCCAAAGAUCGAAUUAAAGUCCCUUCCUGCGGGACUUAGGUAUGCGUUUCUUGGACCUAAUUCCACAUAUCCUGUCAUUGUGAACUAUGAGCUCAACAAUGUGAAAACUGCAAAACUCUUGUGUGAAUUGAGAAAAUACCAAGCUGGUGUAAUGUAUGCAAUUUCUGAUAGCAAGUGGGUUAGUCUUGUUCGUGUAGUUCCUAAGAAAGGGAGGAUCACUGUGGUUGCUAAUGAAAAGAAUGAAUUGAUACCUACCAGGAUAAUGGAGAAGACGACUUUCACGUGUCCCUAUGGAACUUUUGCCUACAGGAGAAUGCCGUUUGGGCUGUGCAACGCUCCUGCGACAUUCCAGCGUUGCAUGAUGUCUAUUUUCACUGACCUAAUUGAGGACAUAAUGGAAGUUUUCAUGGAUGACUUUAGCGUCUAUGCGAACUCCUUUUCUGUCGGCUUGUCAAACUUGUGCAGGGUACUUCACCGGUGUGAAGAAAAGCAUCUCGUGCUGAAUUGGGAGAAGUGUCAGUUCAUGGUGCGUGAUGAAAUUGUUCUUGGUCACAAAAUAUCAGAAAAGGGGAUCGAAGUGGACAAAGCAAAGAUAGAUGUGAUGAUGAGUUUACAGCCUCCAAACUCUGUCAAAGGAAUCAGGAGUUUCCUCGGACAUGCUGGUUUCUACAGAAGGUUCCGGGUUCCUGCCCCCAGGUUCCGGGUUCCUACCCCCGGGCCUGGGUCCCUGCCUCCGGGUAUGGGUCCUACCUCUGGCUUCCAGGCAGAGUGA